CGUGGAUCCAUCAUCGGGGGACAACCCGUCAAUUUCAUGAUGGCAGUUUCUCGGCUCUCUCUCUCAACCUCCACAACCACAGCCGAAUGGCGGUUUGCCUCCUUGUAACCCAACCCGGUAAGUUCCCCGGAUGGUUCCCUUUGCUUUAAUCUAGAGACAACUCUUCCCUCCAAUUAUUUUGGUUAUGAUUCCUCGAUGGCCAACCUAUCCCCAACACGAUACUCUAUAGCCAGUUCCGUCUGGUCGGCGUGGAUACGGAGGGAAGAGGAGGGGGGGUGGAGGAGCAAUACGGAGAUGACCCUUGACCGCACUGGAUUGGCACCCACAAGUCAGUUGUCAUGUUCCCAACGCUGGCACCUGGAACCACACAGAGUUUGGAGGGAGACCAGCCACGAGGGCAUCCAAGGUCCCCGCCUGUCUCAACAGCCAAAGUUGAACUCAUAGGAUCCCCGGGACAGAGCAAGGGACUUACGUAGAAGACCAUGCACCGAUAUCGCCCACACAGACUUUUUGACGACUCAACCCGAGGUGUCGGCAAGGAAGGACCGACAAUCGAAACCAGUUCA